AACAAUUUUGCCUUCCCACGAAGUGCAUAACUCAGGACUCUACAAAUUUCCUGAACAGGAGAAAAAUGGUGAUGUUCAAGGAGGCAGUGACGUUCAAGGACGUGGCUGUGGUCUUCACGGAGGAGGAGCUGGGGCUGCUGGACUCUGCCCAGAGGGAGCUGUACCGAGAUGUGAUGCUGGAGAACUUCAGGAACCUGCUGUCAGUGGGGCAUCAACCAUUUCACCGCGAUGCGUUUCACUUUCUAAGAGAAGAAAAGUUUUGGAUGAUGAGGACAUCAACCCGUAGAGAAGGGAAUUCAGGAGGCAAGGUCCAAACUGAGAUGGAGACUGUUCCAGAAGCAGGACCACAUGAAGAACUGUCCUGCCUGCAAAUCUGGGAACAAAUUGCAGAUGACUUAACCAGGUCUCAGGACUCCAUGGUAAAUAGCUCUCAGUUGUCCAAACAAAGUGAUUUCCCACGUGAGGUUGAGGCAGGACCAUCUCUAACUGACAAAGAGAAACCUUUGCAAUGUAAUGAGUGUAAACAGUCCUUCAAUGAUGUCUCCGACUUUGAGCUUCAUCAACAAUUACACUCGAGAGAGAAGUCUCACACAUGUGAUGAGUGUGGAAAAAGCUUCUGCUAUAGCUCAGCUCUUCAGAUUCAUCAGAGAGUCCACAUGGGAGAGAAACGCUAUAAGUGCGAUGUCUGUGGUAAGGAAUUCAGUCAGAGCUCACAUCUGAAAACUCAUCAGACAGUCCACACUGGAGAGAAACCAUUCAAAUGUGAGCAAUGUGGGAAAGGCUUCAGUCGUAGAUCAUCACUUAAUGUUCAUUGCAGAUUACACACCGGAGAGAAACCUUAUAAUUGUAAGGAAUGUGGGAGGGGCUUCAUUCAUGAUUCCCAGCUUCAGGAACAUCAGAGAAUCCAUACUGGGGAGAAACCAUUCAGAUGUGAGAUAUGUGGUAAGAACUUCCGUGUUAGGUCGAGACUUAAUAGGCACUCCAUGGUUCACACAGGAGAGAAACCAUUCCGAUGUGAUACAUGCGGUAAGAGCUUUCGUCAAAGAACAGCACUUAAUAGUCACUGCAUGGUUCACAUAGUAGAGAAACCAUAUAAAUGUGAGCAGUGUGGAAAAGGCUUCAUUUGCAGGGGAGCUUUUCAUAAGCAUCAGAUGGUCCACACGGGAGAGAAACCAUAUAGUUGUAAAGAAUGUGGGAAGAGCUUCAGAUGGUCCUCAUGUCUUUUGAUCCAUGAACGAGUCCACAGUGGAGAAAAACCGUUUAAAUGUGAAGAAUGUGGGAAGGGAUUUUAUACAAAUUCGCAGCGCUAUUCCCAUCAGAGAGCCCACAAUGGAGAAAAGCCAUACAAAUGUGCAGAGUGUGGGAAGGGCUACAAAAGGAGCUUGGAUCUUGAGUUUCACCAGAGGGUCCACACAGGGGAGAGACCCUAUAAGUGUAAGGAAUGUGGGAAGAGCUUUGGCUGGGCCUCAUGUCUUUUGAAACAUCAGAGACUCCACAGUGGGGAGAAACCAUUCAAAUGCGAAGACUGUGGGAAGAGAUUUACUCAGAGUUCACAACUUCAUUCCCAUCAGACAAUCCACACUGGAAAAAAGAUACACAAAUGUGAGGAGUGUGGGAAGGGCUAUAACAGUAAGUUUAAUCUUGAAAUGCACCAGAGGGUCCACCGAGGGGAGAGACCCUACAAUUGUAAGGAAUGUGGGAAGAGCUUUAGCUGGGCCUCAUGUCUUUUGAAGCAUCAAAGACUACACAGUCGAGAAAAACCAGUCAAAUGAGUAUGAGAAGAGAUUCAGUCAUUAUUUACAAGUUCAUUUCCAUCAGAGAUUCCAUACAGGACAAAAACUAUACAAAUGUUAGGAAAUGUGGGAAGGGCUUU